AUGUCAAGCCGGAGAGCCGUUCUUUCGGCAGCAAGACUCGACCACUUUCAUCUCAAAACGUCUCAGUCUCUCAUAAGCGCCUUUUCAACAACGGCGAGAACAGCAUCACCAUCUACACGAUGCCUCCGCCAAUAUUCCACCGCUUCUCAAUCUCAAUCUCACUCCCGUCCCGUUAAAAAAUCACGCAAAAUCCCCAUCUUCAUCACCACAGCCAUCCUCGGCGGCACCAUCUACUACUUCUCCUCACCCUCUAAACCCACCCUCCUCAACUCAGAAACCUUCAUCCCCUACACAAUAACCUCCCGAGAAGCCAUUUCCCCAACAUCAUUCAUCUUCACAAUCUCGCCUCACACUCCAAAUCCUUCUCUCCCGUAUCUCACCCCUUCUACAUCCUCGUGGCGCUACCCCCUCUGGUCCGUCGAGUUCAAGCAGCCCCAAGUCCAAAUCGCCCGCCACUACACGCCUCUGCCUCCCCAAGAGUCUGAGGACCCGGCUGAUGGAUCUCUACGCUUCUACGUGCGCGCCAUAGGAGGCGGCGAAAUGUCGACUUACCUCAGCCGCCUCGGCGUCGGCCACGAUGUCUGGCUGAGAGGACCUCACGUAGGCUUCGACGUCACGGCGAGGCUCGGCGCCAUGGACAAUAUCGUCUUCCUCGCUGGCGGCACGGGCGUCGUCCCAGCUAUGCAAGUCGCCAAGGCAGUGUUGGAGAAGAACCCGGAUGCACAAGUAAAUCUCCUCUGGGCGAUACGCAAGAGGGGGGAGCUGCAGCGGGAUCCUAGCCCAAUAGCAACGCAGCUGAGGGAUAUGAAGACGACGUAUGGCCAACGACUGCGAAUACAAGUCGCCAUUGACGAGGAGCAGACGCAGUUCCGUGAGGCUGAUCUUCAAAACGCCAUCUCAGGGGCACAAGACCGACGUCUCUUAGCCAACCGUUCUAUUACAGGCUCCGGAUGCCGUCUACACGACUCAGCAUUGUUAGAAUUGACGUCCGAGUUUGAGACUCCCGCCUCGGUAGACGAUUGUAAAUGCGGGCAUGGAGCUGGGAAAAACCUCUUCAUGGUUUCAGGCCCGGAUGGCUUCAUUGCUCACUAUGCUGGAUCCAAAAGAUGGCUCGGUGGCCAGCAGGUUCAAGGGCCGGUGGGCGGCGUAGCAGCUCAACUUCAGAGAAGAUACCCGAGCUUGGCAGACGACUGGCUCGUCCUGAAGCUCUAG